AUGCUGUAUCUUCAAAAAGGUGAUUUGGACGCUGGUGGUUCACCAAUUUCUAGCUUAGGGGCGCAUCGUCCGGAUCACACACGUGUGGCGCAUCACAAUGACCAACUCUCAUUAGCUGGUCACUAUUUCACUAAAGUACACACACUUCAGGUGACCUCUGUCUUAGACAACACAAACCUGAGUCUAGACGCUGGGGUGAGACCAAAAUAUCCCCGUGUACUUCAACGGGUUAGAGGCACAGGGUCCACCUUUGCCUGUCUUCCGAACGGCCGAAGCGCAGUUGAACUUAGUCAACCCCUGGUGUGGAAUGAAGCGCAAUCUGAUUGGCUGCAACGUCACGAGCAAAUGGCACGAUUCCAAUGA